AUGGAAUCGAAUAAUGCCAUCAAACCGCCCGAACCAUUAAUUGUGAAAAUGGACGGCAUGCCUGAAGCGUGGAAGUUAUGGAUUCAACGAUACGAGUGGUAUGCUAUAGCCGUUCAAAGAAACAUGCAGAAGAAACAUGAAAGUGUUCAAGCGGCGUCACUAAUGACUGCUAUGGGAGCGGACGCAGCUAUUAUAUACAACAGUUUUAAUCUAACAGAGGAAGAAGCCACAAAGACGACGACGAUAAAAGCGAGGUUUGCAGCUCAUUUUGCACCGACACCGUCACAACCGUAUGUACGUUUGCAGUUUAAUAAUUUACGUCAAACAGAAGGUGAGACAUUUGAUUCCUUCUUAACAAAAGCUCGCACACAAAUUAAGGAUUGUGGUUAUAAUCAAUUGGCAGAUGAAUUGUUGCGAGACAAAAUCAUUUUCGGCGUACAGAGUAAAACAUUACAACAACGACUGUUAGAAGAGGACAACCUCACAUUAGAACGUACCGUUGGUAUAUGCAAAGCAUGGGAACGAGCAACAAAGCAAGUGGAACAAGCAUCAGCAAUGUCAAAGCAAGAAAAUGAGGCUGUAAAUGCAAUAAAGGUACACAGAGAAAAAAAUCAACAGCAUGGAAAACAGAAGAAAUGCAUACGCUGUGGACGACUACAUGGGAAGAACAGCUGUCCAGCAAUGAAUAAAACCUGUCUCAAAUGCACAAAGGUAGGGCACUUCGCAAAUAUGUGCCGAACGAAGGAAGGAAAGAAAGAAAGUUAA